AUGUCUUCUAAAAAACGUGACAAUGAUGAUGAUGAUGUAGUAUCAUACAAAAAACCAUUUGCUGUAUCACAAUUGACAAUUGCUAUGCUAUUCACUACAUAUUUUCUAACAGUAGAAAUCAUCGAAUUGAGCCUGUCAACUUAUGUUUUGCAACAGAAUAAAUUAGAAGUUUAUCAACAAUAUUUAUUAUUUAAAAAUCAAGCACCUAUAUGGAAAUAUUGGCGAAUAUUACCAUUAAUAAUUUUACCAAUAACUAUAUUUAUAAAUAUUCAAAAUUUAUUUCAAAUUCUAACAAAAAAAGCUACAAUUCAACGUCAUUUAUUAGAUGUUAUAUCAGCUUUUCAAUUAUUUGGAAUUUUAUAUACUAUUAUUGUACGUUUAAUGCCUUUAGAAACUCGAUUCAUGAAAUCAAUAUCAAAUGAUAUUGCACAAAACUUAAAUUCCAUUCAUCAAACUGCAUUUAUGUUAAAUAUUCUCGGAUGGUUCAUAUCAAUAUUUCGAUAUAGAGAAUCAAAAAAUGAUAUCUACUAUCAUUUGACAAAGAAAACACGAUAA